CUCGGCUGCGUCUCUGCGCUCAGGAUGCUUGCCCGUGUCGGCCGCCGUGUACGGGAUGCGCGUCCACUCUGUCUGUGGGCGGCUCCCUUGUUAGGAGAUCUCUGAGGAGCCAACUGCCCAACCUCAAUUCCGAGACCUCUCGUGCGCUGGCCCGCAUCUCCCUCUGAGGCCUCUCUCAGAGAAAAGAAGGCAGCUAGCUGUCAUUACCUUUCCCUCCCCUGAGGCCUCUACUGCGAUGCCCUCCUGAGGCUAGGAGCUGAGCGGCGUGGCACCACACAACAGAGUGGUCAUCCCGGUGUGAAAGACGACUCCCGGCUCUCUCCUAUCAUGAAUAACAGUCUGCAAGUGAACCUUCCCAGGAGCUGGGCCGGUUCCAGCAGCUCCCUCCAGGAGAAGUCUGAGCAUUCUUUCUUUCUUUUCUACUACUACAGGAUGGAGGAUGAGGCGGUGCUGGACCGGGGGGCAUCGUUCCUGAAACAUGUGUGCGACGACGAGGAGGUGGAAGGUCAUCAUACAGUCUACAUCGGGGUCCACGUACCUAAGAGUUAUAGGAGGCGGAGACGCCACAGAAGACGGCCCAAGGAGAAGAAAGAAAAGGAGAAAAUUACUGAAUACUACUCAGAUAAAUCCGACGUGGAAAAUGCAGACGAGACGAGUAGUAGCAUUCUCAAACCACUCAUCUCCCCCGCCGCCGAGCGCAUCCGCUUCAUUUUGGGCGAAGACGAUGACAGCCCCGCUCCACCGCAGCUCUUCACGGAACUGGAUGAACUCCUGGCUGUCGACGGGCAGGAGAUGGAAUGGAAAGAGACGGCAAGGUGGAUAAAGUUUGAAGAAAAAGUAGAACAGGGAGGAGAGAGGUGGAGUAAACCUCACGUCGCCACGUUAUCCCUGCACAGUUUGUUUGAGCUGAGGACGUGUAUAGAGAAAGGGUCGAUCCUGUUGGACAUGGAGGCCUCAUCACUACCUCAGGUAGUAGAGAUGAUUGUUGACAAUCAGAUCGAGACCGGGCUGCUGAAGCAAGACAUGAAGGAUAAAGUCACCUACACGCUGCUCAGGAAACAUCGGCACCAGACCAAAAAAUCUAACCUACGCUCGCUGGCUGACAUCGGGAAGACCGUCUCCAGUGCAAGUAGGAUGUUUACCAACCCCGAUAAUGGCAGCCCGGCCAUGACGCAUAGAAACCUGACUUCUUCCAGCUUGAACGACAUCUCCGACAAGCCCGACAAAGAGCAGCUCAAGAACAAGUUCAUGAAGAAGUUACCCCGGGAUGCUGAGGCCUCUAACGUACUGGUCGGAGAGGUCGACUUCUUGGAAAACCCUUUCAUUGCCUUCGUUCGACUACAGCAAGCAGUUAUGCUCGGUGCUCUAACAGAAGUUCCUGUACCAACCCGGUUUCUCUUCAUUUUGCUGGGUCCCAAGGGCAAAGCUAAAUCGUACCACGAGAUUGGCCGCGCCAUUGCCACUUUGAUGUCCGAUGAGGUGUUCCACGACAUUGCCUACAAAGCCAAAGACAGGCAGGACCUGAUCGCUGGAAUCGAUGAGUUCCUGGAUGAAGUCAUCGUACUUCCCCCUGGGGAGUGGGACCCCGCCAUCAGGAUAGAGCCCCCUAAGUCCCUCCCAUCUUCCGACAAAAGGAAAAACAUGUAUUCAGGCACUGAGAAUGUGCAGAUGAACGGGGACACGCCUCACGAUGGGGGCCAGGGCAACGGGGGCCACGGGGACUGUGAAGAAUUGCAGCGAACCGGCAAACUUUUCGGUGGCCUAAUCAAAGACAUCAAGCGGAAAGCGCCUUUCUUUGCUAGUGACUUCUACGACGCGUUCAACAUCCAGGCACUUUCUGCCAUUCUCUUCAUUUACCUGGCGACCGUAACCAACGCCAUCACCUUCGGGGGACUGCUGGGUGACGCGACGGACAACAUGCAGGGCGUGUUGGAAAGCUUUCUGGGCACAGCAGUGACAGGGGCUGUCUUCUGCUUUCUCGCCGGCCAGCCACUCACAAUCUUAAGCAGCACCGGGCCUGUCUUGGUCUUUGAACGGCUUUUAUUUAACUUCAGCAAAGAAAAUGGCUUUGAUUAUCUGGAGUUCCGGCUCUGGAUCGGCCUGUGGUCGGCCUUCCUGUGUCUCAUCCUUGUGGCCACAGACGCCAGUUUCUUGGUCCAGUACUUCACCCGGUUUACGGAAGAAGGCUUUUCCUCCCUCAUCAGCUUCAUCUUCAUCUACGAUGCUUUCAAGAAGAUGAUCAAGCUCGCAGAAUACUACCCCAUCAAUUCCCAUUUUAAAGUGGGAUACGUUACGCUUUAUUACUGCACCUGCCUGCCACCGGAUCCAGCAACAAUGAACUGGCGUGCAAGUAACUUAGCAGAGAUGCACAACGGCACGAUCGACUGGUCCUCUCUGUCCACGAAGGAGUGUCUGAAAUACAAAGGCAACUUGGGUGGAAACAACUGCCGUUAUGUUCCUGACAUCACCCUCAUGUCUUGUAUCCUGUUUUUGGGCACCUACACCUGCUCCAUGGCCUUGAAGAAAUUCAAGACCAGUCGCUAUUUCCCGACCACUGCACGGAAGCUGAUCAGCGACUUCGCCAUCAUCCUUUCCAUUCUGAUAUUCUGUGGGAUCGAUGCCCUGGUAGGUGUAGAUACACCCAAACUCAUUGUGCCAAGUGAAUUCAAGCCAACGAGCCCCCACAGAGGCUGGAUUGUCCCGCCGUUCGGAGGGAACCCCUGGUGGGUGUACCUUGCGGCAGCCAUCCCUGCGCUGCUGGUGACCAUUCUCAUCUUCAUGGACCAGCAGAUCACAGCUGUCAUCGUAAACCGAAAAGAGCACAAACUCAAGAAAGGUGCUGGUUAUCAUCUGGAUCUCUUCUGGGUGGCCAUUUUGAUGAUCAUAUGUUCCUUCAUGGGCCUUCCCUGGUACGUUGCUGCUACUGUGAUCUCCAUCGCGCACAUUGACAGCUUGAAGAUGGAGACGGAGACAUCGGCGCCAGGAGAGCAGCCCAAAUUCCUGGGAGUCAGGGAGCAGAGAGUGACUGGAGUGCUCGUGUUCGUUCUGACCGGUAUUUCGGUCUUCAUGGCUCCCAUCUUGAAGUUUAUUCCCAUGCCUGUGCUCUAUGGAGUGUUCCUUUAUAUGGGCGUCGCGUCCCUUAAUGGAGUACAGUUCAUGGAUCGUCUGAAGCUGCUCCUGAUGCCUCUCAAGCACCAGCCUGACUUCAUCUACCUGCGCCAUGUCCCCCUACGGCGGGUGCACCUCUUCACUUUCAUUCAAGUGGUUUGCCUGGCUCUCCUUUGGAUCCUCAAGUCCACGGUGGCUGCUAUUGUAUUCCCAGUCAUGAUCCUGGCGCUGGUGGCGGUCCGAAAGGCCAUGGACUACCUCUUCUCCCAGCACGACCUCAGUUUCCUUGACGACGUCAUUCCAGAGAAAGAUAAGAAGAAGAAAGAAGAUGAGAAGCAAAAGAAGAAGAAGAAAAGCAGCUUGGACAGUGAUAACGAUGACGAGAAAAAUCACCAACAUUCCUUGAACGACAUACAUCAUGCUGAUAAUUUUCCUUACCUCCACUCCCACACGAUGCCAAGCCCUCCGCGAACUCCAGUGAAAGUUGUGCCUCAAAUUAGAAUAGAACUCGAUCCUGAAGACAAUGGUUUUUUCUGGAGGAGCAAGGGAACAGAAACAACUUUGUAACUUGAUCGCUAAUCUUCUGUUGAACCGGCUUUUUAUUUUGUCGUCGUCGUCGGUUUUCUUUCAUUACUAGCCAAAUAUUCGGUUGCACUCUGCCUAGUAUAAAACCAGGACACAUUGCCCUCCCUUUCGCUCUGAAUUUUCUCCCAUUCCCUCUUACUUCUUUGGAGAGGGGGUAUAUUUUUCUGUUUGCUCUAUUUUCUUUCUUUCUUUCUGACCAAGACAAUUUUUUUGUUUUGCCUUUUCAGUCACAUCUGUACCUAUACCUCUUUCAAGGAGCUGACAGAAGCGUUAAGGAUCUGUUAUCACACCUUUGCAAGAUGAGUGCAAAACUGACUGUUAUUUUUUUUUUUUUUUAAAGCUGCGAAUCGGUGUUUGUUUGUUUUUCUUUUUCUUUUUCUCUAGCAGAACAAACCUGACUUCUGGCUUAACGUAGCACCCCUUAGUUCUCCACUUUUGCAGAACGCUGCUAAUCUUAACAUGCUCUUAAUAUCAGUUACUGCUAUGUUGGGUAAUUUCAAGGAAAGGAGAUGGAAUGGUACAUCCCCGCACAGAAAGAAUUUCUUUUUGCCAUCAUGGUAGUGAGUGUGUGGAACAGGUCCCUUUCCUGUGCAACUUUUAUUCUGUAAUAUUUUAAUGGACUUUUACCUGUCAGCUACUUUGACGAGUGUUACUCCCCCCCCCCACCCUAGAUUUUUUUUUUGUUUUAAAUUAUGGGGGCCUAACUUGUGACUUUAAUAUUUUUUUGUCAUUUUUUUAACCUUUUUUAAAAAAAAAUUACUGUAAAAAAAUGAAUUUUUUUUCCUGCAGCAGGAAAUGUAUAGUUUUGUGUAGUUCUACCUCUUAUUUCUAGAUGUUGGACUUUCUCUUUUAAAAAGGUAAAGAAAAAAAAAGAAGAAAAAAAAGAUUUAA